CUCGUUUCUCCGGUUUCGUUUUCAAUAACUGAUGACAGUCGGGAAGGCAGCCAAACAAGCCAAAAUCAAUCAAAUCUCAAUCCAAAGUCAAGAAUUCUCAGCAAAAACCCCCAGAAUGAGAAGCAUCUCUUCUCUUCUGCAGGUGAAAUUUCACACCCUCAUAUUUGAUAUCUCCACCCCCUUUUAACUCCUCUCCAUAUACCCUGCCAAACUCCUCAACCACCCAAACAAGAAUCAUGAAACAGCUCCACAAGCAAUCCAGCAUAAACCAAUCCAAAAGAGAUGAAGAACUUCAAAAUCCAUCCGUCCAAACCACCCCUCCAUAUUCAAGUAAAUCCCAGAAACAGCCCAGAUCUCUCCCAAGAUCUAUCAAUUACCUCCUCAAAGAACAACGGCUCCUAUUCAUUCUCGUUGGUGUCCUCAUUGCCUCCACGUUCUUCAUCCUCCAACCAACCCUGUCCAAUCUGGGCCCUUCCGAUCCCCGCCCCAUAAUUCACGUCGCCAAUGGCAACGGUGGCAAUUCGGGUAAUUUUGUGUCCGGAAGCCGGCGGGUCCCGGUGGGCGUCCGGAAGCCGCCGCUGAGGAUCGUCGUCACGGGCGGGGCCGGGUUCGUCGGUAGCCAUCUCGUGGAUAAGCUGAUGGCGAGGGGGGAUCAUGUGAUUGUGAUCGACAAUUUCUUUACUGGGCGGAAGGAGAAUGUGAUGCAUCAUUUCCGGAACCCGAGCUUUGAGCUGAUCCGGCACGACGUUGUCGAGCCGAUCCUGUUGGAGGUGGAUCAAAUUUAUCACCUGGCAUGCCCUGCUUCGCCCGUCCAUUACAAGUAUAAUCCGAUCAAGACGAUCAAGACAAAUGUGAUGGGAACCCUGAACAUGUUGGGCCUGGCGAAAAGGAUCGGGGCCCGCUUUCUGCUGACGAGUACCAGUGAGGUCUAUGGUGACCCACUUCAGCACCCCCAAAAGGAGACAUAUUGGGGCAAUGUCAACCCCAUAGGUGUAAGGAGCUGUUACGAUGAGGGAAAACGAACAGCUGAAACUUUAACUAUGGAUUACCACCGUGGCGCAGAUGUUGAGGUGCGUAUUGCUCGCAUUUUCAAUACAUACGGGCCUCGUAUGUGUAUAGAUGAUGGGCGUGUUGUCAGUAACUUUGUUGCUCAGGCCCUCCGUAAACAGCCUUUGACAGUUUAUGGUGAUGGAAAACAAACCCGAAGCUUUCAAUUUGUUUCUGAUCUGGUUGAUGGAUUGGUAGCACUAAUGGAAAGCGACCACGUUGGACCUUUUAACUUGGGGAACCCCGGUGAAUUCACCAUGUUAGAGCUAGCUGAGGUGGUGAAAGACACGAUAGAUUCUAGCGCGACCAUUGAGUUCAAACCAAACACUGCGGACGAUCCUCAUAUGAGGAAACCGGAUAUCACCAAAGCGAAGGAGCUGCUGAAUUGGGAACCCAAGGUCUCCCUAAGAAAAGGGCUGCCUCUGAUGGUGACUGAUUUCCAGAAACGCAUCUUGGAUGAAGAGAGAAGGCUCUAAGCGAUACUUGUGGCCAUCUGUAUUAUAUAGAAAGAAAAUAAUCCUCUUGAUUUAUUUUUGUUCAUGGUGUUCGGCCAUCCUAUUCAUCUCAUGAUCUAAUUUACUGCCUGGAAAUGUCAACUUCUCUUCAGUAUUGCAUUGUUUGUUCA